CUUGUCACCGUCUCAUCCGUACAUGGAGCAAUCCUCUCUUUAACAUGCAUGGGUACUUGAUCGCUGCGCUACGGUCGAGCUCACAUCCACACGCUACAGUCUCACAUCUAAUUCCACCAUGACGCAGACUGGCAAGUGCGAUACCUGCCGACAACGAAAAGUAAAAUGUGACGAGGAGAGACCAAAGUGUGGUGCCUGCAGGAAGAAAGACAGGCCAUGUGCAUACUCCUAUGGAAAGGCUUCGGCUCUUGUAGUGCAGGAUCCAAAUCAACUGACGAAACACGGGAGAUCAAAAGUUGAGCCAGUCGUAUACGCUCUCAAUUCCCCAGAAGACGACAUCAGUUCUACGGGCUUCGUGUCAUCCAGCCUCCUACUCACGACGGAAAGAGAAGCCGACCAUGGCAAGGGUGUCUUUCGUACUCUGGCUUCAUCAUCAAAGCCGAGAAGCCGAAAGGCGGCGGGAAUUCAGAAGAAGAAGCUGGAAGCCUACCUGCAGCAUCUACACUCCCAGUCUGCCUUGACAUGGCAUCGCCCCUCGUCUUUUGAAUCAACGCUCAUAGCCCGGUACAUCGAUAUGCUUGGUUCCGGCCCGGUGAGCCAGCAGCCAUUGUCCAUUCUGGGAACUUGGAUCCUAUCUAUACCAUCGCGUAUCGGCUCGAACCGCAUGCUUGAUCUUGCAGUUGAAUUUCUCAUGAGCAGUUAUGCCGCGUACUGGGACAACUCGCAUUCGAAACGAGCAGUGGCCCGAACUAUCAAGGCGAAGGCGCUGAAAGAGCUGCAACUCGUAGUUUGCGAUGCGAGCGAAGGGGCUACGUACGAGGUUCUUUUGGCGACGAAGAUGCAUUAUGCCGCAGAAGCUCUCUUAGGCGUUGGCUCGAUGUAUCAUGCGAUCCACGCCUUUGGACUUGCAGAGUUACUCAAAUCUGGCGCGGUUGCGAAUGUCGACGAUGAUCAUUUCUGGAACCUCAUCGAUAAUACGUAUAUCGACGAUGUCAAUGAGGCGAUGCUCGCAGGCCGCAAAUCGGUCUAUGACAACGAGUUUUACUUGUCCACAACGUACCCACCUCCACGCUCUUCGAGUUUAAUGUCACUCACUCCAGUUCAGAGGGCUUCAAUGGCUAUCAUGCACGUCUUUAUUCAGUGUCCACGCUUAGUAUAUUUAGUACGUCAUGCCGUCUCUCACCCUGACGAUUCAAGUGCUCUCGCAUCCGCUGUAUCACUCGCAGAAUCUCUCUGGCAAGUUGACCUGCCAGACCAAGUAUCGGAUUUCCUCAAAUCAUCUAUCACGACCACGCACAAACCAUCGUUCCCAGAGACCGCAGAUAUCUUGCCUGACUCGUUGCACUUCGACUCCGUUCAAAGCAUGAUUCUCUGUACACGGUACUGGAUGUUACAGAACGUGCUCUGCGGACUGACAGACACCCUGCAUCGUUAUUUUCCCGUAGAAGUAGCCUUGGCUAUGUUACCCGACCCUGAAGCUCGGCGACGCAUAGAUGUUGAUGCGGGGCUGCAACUUGCAAAGUCGCUUACAUGGGCGGAAUCGGUGUCAAGAGAACUUCCGCUCGUACCGUUGCGUCUGCACACUCCUCUCCAGAUAUCCAUCGGCCCGUGGUAUAGAACAAUUCGACACGCGGGAUCCCUGCAUUCCAGUGGUAUGAGUCUGAGUCCGGAACUCGAGUCCGAGUUGUCUCGCGCAUAUCGUAUGAAGGCCUUACUGAUCAACGAGUGCAAUCGCAUUCACAAACAAUGGGAUGUCAGCACCGUGGAUGAGGAUCCCUUGAUCGAAGCACUGGACUCCAUGGCGGGCGAGAAGAUCCCGGACUGGCUACCAAUACGCGUCCGCUUCGAGACUGAAGACGGAGAAAUGGUGAUGAAACUCGAGUACGAAAAGACAUCUAGCUCCCAUCAGGAGCGCGUCACACUAGGCGGCGAAACCCCAAUCACAACUCCAUACUCACCGCCGACGUUUGAACAGCAUGGCAGUGAGUGCUGCGGCUCGUCGACAUACGACCUUCCAUACCACACUGCACCCAGCGAUGAAAGCUACAAGCCCCUGAUAGCAACAGCAAGCAGCGCGCAAACCAACCCUUGUAUGAGUCCAGGUUGGUCCGCAUCCCCCCGCCCAGCAGAUUUCCUACACAGCACAGGGCGAAACCUCUGCUCAACAUCCGGAUGGUGGCCAGACACAUCGCGCACCUCGACCGUGCUACUCGACAGCACACACAAAGCCUCCGCGUUCUCAAAGCGCGACCCAAGCCCAUACAUAGCACCAAGCUGGUAGCCACAAGCGCCAAAAACAAACACAACACCAUCAAAGCAGCAAUAAAUCAAUUGAAAAAGCCUUACCUAACCCCACCCCCACCCCCCAUCAAUCAAACAUAUUCCACCUCCUCAACCCCCGCCCUAGCCUCCCUCAUCAUCCUCGCCAACCGCUCCUCUUCCAUCGCCACGCCCUCCAUCCGCAGCCGAAACUUCGCCAUGUCCUCCUCGCUCUCUACUACUUCCUUGUCCCCGUGUGCCUCCCCGUUAGUGUUACUGCCCAGCCCCCAUAGCACUUUCAACCCGCAUUCCGCGCAUACGAGGUCCUUUUUCAGUAGCGCGCGGGGCGUGUCGCGCGGCUUGUGGACUUUGUUUAGGGUUCCGCAGGUGGGGGCGCGACACUUGAAGAGGAGGGUUGUUUUGGG